AUGGCUUGUACUGGCGUAUGUAAAGGUUGGAUCAAGCAUGCUAAUCUUAUAAACAACUGUUAUCCUAUUAAUCCUGGUGAGACGGGUCCCAGAUCUAGUGAGCUUUCUUAUCUCGUAUUUUAUGCAAACUCAAAGCCUGCUAAACUCACAAAAUGUGGUGUUUACCUGGAAAAAAGAGUAAUUACUGACGUUAGAAAACGCAGAAAACAAGAUACUGAAAUUUCUUUACAAAUUAUCAAGGCGCUUCUGGAAGCAUGCCAUAAUAAUUUGAAUUUGUUUUCGAAGAAUAUUGUAAAGAUUAUUACUGCCUCCUUGAGUACAAAUGAUAUUGAUUUGGUGGCUUGCGCUACUUCCGUAUUCAUUACUUUUUGCGGAUACUAUGACGGUUCUACGCUUGGUGUAGAUACUGAAUUUACUGAAAUCUAUGAAAGCUUAAUUGAAUUGUUUGCAAAAUACGCGACUAUUAAAGAAUCCGACAUUAACGAUGAGAGAAGAUAUCGGUUUAUCGGUAUUCACGCUCUUCAAAAAGCGUUAACUUCUGAUGCUUUACAAUCUGCCAGUGCUAAAGCACAAUUACAACUCAUUGUUCCGGCUAUUUUGCAUAAUUUAAUUGAUGAUCCUGACAGAUUAGAAGCCUUACGAAAGGCUGACCAAAAGUUGGUCAAUACAAAAAUCGCAGAGAAAAAAUCUCGUCGUUUUUCUGUUAAUGCUACAAACUUAUCUGCUGAAGACAUCACAAAUUUAGCCUAUAAUUGUUUGAAACAACUAUUCCAAAUGCCUAAUCCCUCUUACAUAAAUUAUUCUCUUGAAGCUACUUUUAAUUUCUUGGAUGAAGCUACCAUAUGGACGUCAAGUAAUUUUAUUAUUACCUUAACUUCUAUUAUUCUUUCAUCUCUUAAGCUACAAUGUAGGCACAUACUAGUUGAUUAUAUAAUACAACAACUAGAAGCUUUACCAUCCGGGUCAACCCCUACUCCAAAAAAGAUCUCUCUGGUUAAAACUUUAUCUUUUAUAUUAACUGGUGAUAUUCCUCUUGUUGGACUUUCAAUACUUGAAGUUUUAGAUUGUUUAAUUCAUUUAUUGUUAAAUUCUUUGAAAAAUUGUAAUUCCAUUAAUGAUUCUGAAAAUACUGCUGACUUUAAUGAUUCUGAUUUAAUAAUUUGUCAACAACUUAUCUUUUGUAUUGGUGGUUUGGCAACUCAUAUUUACUAUGCAAAUCAAGUCUGUGAUAUUAUUGAAUAUAUUAUUCAACAUUUACAUAUACAUCCUGAGCAAGCUGAACUCUCUCAACAAGGAAGUAGCCAAAGUUCAAUUAUAGAAGGUGUUCCAUUAUCUGAAUUACGUAAAACAUUAUUGAAAUGUUUAGAUAUAGUUGUAAGAAAUAGUAAGGAAACUGAGAUAAGACAUUCUGAAAUUACAAGAAGUGAAGUUCCUGUAGAAGUAUUUCAUAGUUCAAUUGAUCUGUGUGUAGAUGAAGAUUUGAAUGUAAGAAUUGCAUAUGCCAAAGUUCUUGCAAAAUUUUUGGAUAAUGGUAAUAUGCCAAAAGAAUUGAAAGAUGUGGAUUUAACACAGUUGACAUACUUUAACAAACCAGCCAUCUAUUUUUUAAAUUCUCUUCAUGUUUCACUAUAUCAGUAUGCAAUAUUAAAAAUUUCUCAGCCUGCUGAUUAUGUGGCUUUAUUAUCAUUAUUACGUGCUUUACUGGUUCGAUUCAGAGCUGAUCAAAUAAUUCGUGGUGUUCCGGUUGUUUUCAAAUUACAGUCAAAUGCAAAAGAUGAACUGCUUGAGGGUUUUGCUCAGCAAAGAGCAUUAGCAAGCAUCAUUUUAUUAUAUUUUCGUGAUAUUGCCUCAGUAUUAGAUCUUCCAAAAUUACAUGAAUAUCUUGAUAAGGCUGAACGUAUGAACAAACACCAAUGGUCAACUUAUAUAAAUGCUAUUUCAUCUGAAAACAACAUAAAUGAUACAACAAAUAUUGUAAAAUUUUUUGAAGAUGAAAUUCAUGAUGAAAAUAAUAAUACUUUACAACCUGUUGAUGUUUGGCUUGAUCGACAAACAAUUGUAUCAAUACUUUGUCAACAUAAAGAAUUAAUAGACAUUGGUGGUAAAGAUUUAGAAGUCAGAUUAAUGACUGAAUGGAGACCAGAUGAAGUUUUUGAAAGUGUUAAAAAAGAAGGUUAUCGAAUUAGAUCAAGCAGAAUAUUAGAAAAUGAUAAACCUCGUAUAACUAUUACUCCAUUUCUUAUGUCUUUAGAAGAUAGUUCUGGUGAUUUGCCGAAAGCAUCUAUCAAGGUGGAGAACCUUAAGGAUGCUCUUGACAUUGAUCCAGUUACAAUUUGGUGA